AUGAGCGCGAUCCUCUCCGCCGACGACCUUAAUGACUUUAUUUCACCCGGUGUCGCGUGUAUCAAACCAAUAGAGUCUCUUCCUUCGAAGCAGCCACAGAAAUCGGACAAUCCAUACGAAGUAACGACAGAAGACAAGGUUCAAGCUGAGAAUCCUACUCCCGCGCAGAUAUCCUUGACCGACUGCCUCGCAUGCUCCGGAUGUGUCACUUCCGCUGAAGCCGUCCUCAUUUCGUUGCAAUCGCAUACCGAGGUCCUCAACACUCUCGAUGCACACCCCGAGUUACGGUUGAUACAAAACGAACAGGGAACGUCUCUUGAUCCCAGAAGCGCACAAGAUGAUGAAGGUCGGAUAUUUGUCGCAAGUGUCAGUCCUCAAGUGAGGGCAAGUCUGGCGGCUACCUAUGGUGUGUCUGAGAAAGAAGCCACUUCCAUCAUCCACCAACUUCUCAGCGGUCCCCAUGGCCUACGAGCGGGUGGAAAGCAUGGCAGCGGCUUUACCUGGGUCAUCGACACCAAUAUAAUGCGCGAAGCGGUUCUGGUCCUCACCGCAGAUGAAGUCAGCGAUACUUUGGCCUCAGAAGCCAAGGAUCCAUCUCUUCCCAAAAAGCCAAUCGUGUCCUCUGCCUGCCCUGGGUGGGUUUGUUAUGCUGAGAAGACGCAUCCUUUUAUCCUCCCUCACCUGUCGAAGCUUAAAUCGCCCCAGGCGCUAGCAGGGACUCUCUUAAAGUCUACUCUGAGCAAGACCCUUGGGGUGCCCGUUUCCCGUAUAUGGCAUCUGGCAGUCAUGCCGUGUUUCGACAAAAAACUUGAAGCGAGCCGUGAGGAACUUACAGACGUCACCUGGAAUCCGGCUGACGGCCAAAUGUUCUCCCAACCCCAGACACCAGUCCGCGAUGUUGACUGUGUGAUCACGACUCGUGAACUUCUAACUCUAGCCUCGGCCCGGGGUAUUAGCCUUCCAAGCAUUCUCUCCAAGUCCAGUUCCGUGUCGUUUCCCUCGUUCCCGGACAAGGCCCUCGACGACUACCUCUUCUCUAAACGUUCUUUGUCGGCCCAGUCCAUGAUGACAGGCACAUCCGGCGGCUACCUCCACCAUGUGCUGACUUCAUUCCAAGCGCGGAACCCUGGGAGUGAGAUUGUUGCAGAACGCGGGCGCAAUGCGGAUGUGGUCGUAUACAAAUUGGUGUCGCCUGAAAAUGGAAGCAUCAUUGAAGCUGCACGCUACUAUGGCUUUCGCAACAUUCAAAACCUCGUGAAUAAGUUGAAACCACCAGAGAUGUCGAAGCUUUCAGGUGCGAGGCGAAAUGAUGCACUGGGAGGAAAGGCCCGAAUGCAGUUGUCUUCAAGAAAGGCAGCAGCAAAAACAAAGUUUGACUAUGCUUAUGUGGAGGUUAUGGCUUGCCCUGGCGGCUGCACCAACGGAGGGGGCCAGAUUCGGAUUGAGGAUGCCAGAGAGGCUAACUUGACCGCACAAACUGGCACUCCGGCUGAUACAAAUGGAGCUGCAUCAAAGCCAUCGCCACAUGAGCAGCGGGCCUGGCUUGCUCGGGUGGAUGAAGCGUACUUCUCUGCUGGAGACUCCGAGGAUGAGACGGAAGCUUCGUCAAAACACUUUUCGAUCCUGGAAAGGGAAGCCGGGAUCCAUCAAAUCCUGCACUAUUGGUCUGACUUGAUGGGCGUGCCGCUCUCGAAACUGGCUUAUACGACGUUCCGCGAGGUUGAAAGUGAUGUUGGAAAACCUCAAGAGGGAGUCAAUGCUACAGCCCAAGCUGCGUUGCGAGAGGGAACGAACUGGUAA